GAAGGGAUUGUUUGUACAGCUCGCCCUGUUCAUGUAUUCACAUUGAUGCAACAACCACCGUGGGAAGACAGGCGUACCUGUAUAAUUACAUGCAGCACACACUUCAGAUUGUACCUCUAUCAUGGGACUCCGGCGGAAUUCAGGCGGGAGCUUGCCGACGAUGUGGGCUACAACAUUUCUGUCAAUGAUCGCGGCUCUGUUGCCGUUGGCUAUGACGGCGUCUGGGCCCUGGCCCUGGCUCUGGAAGCUGCACAGGCCACCCUCUUGAGGAGACUGGACUCUUACCAGUAUGGGGACGAGGAGUACGCAAUGGCGGUCGGGAGGGGCAUCCGGGAACUCAGCUUUGCUGGCAUGUCGGGUCCGGUACAGUUUUCCGAAGGGGGCGACAGAAUGGGUGAUCUGCUUAUAGAGCAGAAUAUAGACGGAGUGGAAGUUAUCGUUGGCAUUUACAGCAACAUACAAGACGAGAUCACCUGGAAUAUUCCUACUGAGCAGCUUUGGUACUACAGUGGAGGAGAACCACCGUUUGAUUCAGACGUAACCGAGACCAUUGAGCUUCUACAAAGCAUUCCUGUUGGAAUCCUGGCUGCAAUGAGCGUGUUAGCAGCCCUAGGUAUGGCUCUGGCCGUCAUGUUUCUAGUGUUCAACGUCUGGAAACGAAACGAAAGACAAAUCAAGAUGUCAAGCCCAAAGGUGAACAACAUCAUCGCAAUUGGUAUCCUGUCGGCAUACCUCGGUGUUGUUCUGCUCGGCAUCGAUAAAUCCGUGGUGGACGAAAAGGCUCUUCUUGUUAUUUGUAGGACGCGUUCUUGGAUAAUUCCUGUGGCGUUCACUCUGGCGUUUGGAGGAAUGUUCACCAAGAUGUGGAGAGUGUAUAGUAUCGUCAUCGCCAACAAGACCAAGAGAAAGGUCAUCAAGGACUACUAUCUCUUCGGCAUCAUCGCCGUGCUGCUGUUGGUGGAUUUUGCCAUACUCGUCCCCUGGCAGAUCAUCGAUCCAAUACACAUCGAGGAAGACAGAGCUCACAUAGCUCAAACCGUUGAAGAUCUGGAACACCACCAGCAGCGCGUAGAGCUGCGCGUCAUCUGCACGUCGAAUAACAACACCAUAUGGACCCUCAUAAUUGUCAUUUACAAGGCGUUUGUCGUCGUCUUUGGCGCCUUUCUGGCAUGGUCGACCAGAAAUGUCAAAGUGUCUGGCUUGAAUGAUAGCCAUUACGUGGGCUUGUCCAUCUAUAACACCGUCAUCUGCUGUGUGGUGGCCGCUGCGCUAUCUUUCUUUAAUGCCUCGUCACCUGGCGUGACCUUUGCCCUCGUCUCCGGAUUUAUGCUCUUCUGCAUAACGCUGUCCCUGUGCAUGUUACUCUUUCCGAAGGUAAUUGCCGUGUAUCGCAAGAAUGCAGUUGGCGACGAAACCUUCACGGGGUUGAAAAUAGGAACAACGAUGGUGCCUACGAUUUGUCACAAGGCAGCGCAAGGCGGGGACAUACCCACGACAAGCACUCACCGAACCGAAAAUCAACACAACUGAUGGAUAUGAAACACAUUAAGAGUGGCCAGGUUGUGGUUAGGGCUUGGAAGAUAAACCCAAUGCGAAGUCGAUUUCGCAGCCUAACAAGGGAAAAAAUCAUUUGCAAACUGUAUUUCCUCUGUGUCAGGGUUACGGUUUUUCUUAAUAAGAAGAAGUUCGAUUAUAACUGAGUUUGUGUGCUUACCCAUUCAAACAACACAACAACGAGGGUUGGGCCAAGAGCAAUAUGCAGCCUACAAAGAUAAAGAAAUUAAUGUUCAACCCUCUAUGGGUCGAAUUGAAAGUUCGCUGAGGAUUGCCGACACUGAUAGGAAAAACGUUUCUUUAUCGAUAAUGUGUCUAAUGUGUCAUAUUGAACUUAUUUGUUUUUAAAACAUGGAGGUUUUCAAAAAUGCAUAUCUGUAUGCUUAAUAAUGGGCACUUUCCAACAAUGUAGUGCCUACGGGAGUUCGUAUUUCAGGAUACUGGUGGAAAAGUGUUGAUAAGUACUAAUGUGAAAAGGUUGAAAACUUUUGACGACCCCUAAGGAGGUUAUGUUUUUUCUUACUACUCCCAUUGAAUUCAACUCCUGGGAUUUCUGUUCAAUGGAGUAAUUUUUCGGGAAAAAAAACCUUUUAUCUCUGCAUUUUGGCGGAUGAUAUUACGAUCCAAACGGUUUGCUUAUCAGUUCCAUUGAUAGUGCUUCCUUCUGGUGCAUGAGGGAUCGCCGAGAUUUAAAGAUUUAUCACAGGUACUAGUAAACGAAGCUGAUUUAAACAGGAAGCUGAGGAAUCGGAAAUAGGCAUUGAAGUCAUGUUACAAAUCUCUGGCCAGUGUUAAAGUGUUCAAGAAAUAGUUAUUUUGCAUGAAACCUGAUACGUUUCAACGUGUAAAACCUUUUGGGGGGCUAGGUGAAAUUAGAAGUGCACUUUCUAAACGUCUGUUCGCAGUGUGAACCCCCCAAAUCUAUUAAUGAAAAACAUUUCUGGCAAAGGCUUAUUCCUAUGUAAAGGAUCGUAAAAUUUGUAUUAGCCUGAAAAGCGAAAAGCACCAAUUAUUAUACCACAAUGCACGUAGUAACAGCAAAUUAGAAGUACUGUGUUUUGGGGUUGUUUUUAACCCCCCAUCCACAGAUUCUGUGUCCUCAUUGGCUGAGAGCCCUUCACGUGACACUUGCUAGUUUUACUUGUUUUGCAGCAACACUUUAAGAAUGACCCCCAGCAACGACAAAGAGAGCUGUGCACGAACGAGAUUAUCCACGGACCAUUUUAUUUUAGUAGACCACUGACCACUCAAAGUAAUCAACUCAUCCAAGGUUAGGCUUAACAAUGUUAUGAAUAUAGAAAGGCAACAAAAUAUGCACAGUAAACUUUGGCACUUUUUUCCCCUUUGAGUAAGAUUUAUUUUGAUUUAAUUGGAGAUCUCAAUGGAGAUACGUACUGAAAAAAGGGGCUGUAACUUGACUUACGUUCAUGGUGAUGUUUCAUCUCAAAAAUGAUGUUUCAAUGGGUUUCUUUUGUUAAAACCGUGCCCUUCCAUGUCGCUGAAAAUGAGAUUAAAUCUGUCUGCGGGGACCCACAAUAUCAACAAGGCCUGUAAUAGUGCUAAAUAUGAUGCCAUCGUACUUUCAAAGUACAUUGCCUUUGGAGACAAAAGGUUGGUUUCUUGGCUUUCUUGCAUUUUGUUUUCAAUUCACAAUUCACCGAGUACAAAAUCUGCACGUGGGGCUGCAAUUUCUUUCCCACUCUCAUUACAAUUGAAAAUAAUGGGACUGGACUCGUGUUGAUAUUGAAGAUGUCAUAAAUGGGAUCUGACAAGCAAGUCUUUCAAAGGA